AUGACAACACAAGCUCCAGCUCUCACAACAACCUUCACGCCCGACAAGUCAUGCUUUCAGUAUUACAAGUACAGAUACACAGGCGAUGAACUCACAUGUCUAGAAGGCGGCACCGGUGCGCCCACUUGGAACUCGGCUCGACGUUUUAUUACUCUCCUGGUGUAUGUCCCAGCGGAUAUGAAGUCGCAUGCAGUUCGACGGUCGGCGGCGAGACGAGAGCGACGUGUUGUCCAAGUUCAUUUAGUUGUCAGACAGAGUCAGGCUGGCCUUGUUUCCGAAUCAGUUGUCGGAGGAGAUUGGAAGAGGACUACUGUUAGCGGCGCAGCAGCCAAUGCAAUUGGUAUUCCCAUCCGAUGGCAUUCCUCUGACUUCGCGUCCACCACGACUGGAGCAAGAACUUCUGCAACGGGUAGCGCGACAGAAACGAUUUCUUCUUCGACAAGCGAGUCUUCAAGUGAAUCAUCGUCGGAUAAUGGAGGAUUAAGUACUGGAGCCAAGGCAGGCAUUGGAGCUGGCGUUGGAGUUGUGGCUCUUGUUGGAUUAGCAGCACUAGGUUGGUUUAUACUCCGGGCGAGGAGGGCUAAGCAGGCAAGUAUCGCUGCUGCUGCUAGGGAAGAGGAGGCCAAGGGACCUCAGAUGCAGCCGCAAUUGCACCCAUGGGAGCUUGAUAGUCACGAAGCUAUGAUAUCGGCGGAGCUGCCGUCCGAUAGUCAACCUCUCUCAUCAGCUGUCGCGAUUGUUGGCACGCGACCGCCAAAUGGUAUUGGCGGGGACUGGGCCCUUUGA